AUGCCAGAGGUGCGUGGAAAGGUCAGCGGUGUGGUCGAGUUGACUUGCAGUGUUCGUCAAUCCGACUCAGCUGAUGUAUCAUCUGAAUCACUGCACGUGGUUGAAUGGGUGCGACAAGGACUCGACAUCCCUGUGUUGAUCAAAUUUGGAUCCUAUCCGCCUCGUGUCCAUCCACAAUAUGAAGGGCGAGUGUCUCUGGUGGGCAUCACCACUCUAAAGUUGGAGGGUUUGCAGCUUGAUGACCAGGGCCCCUAUGAGUGUCGAAUCCUUUCAUUAGAUAAACCCACAGCGGAGAGUCGUAACGGCACCUGGAUUAUGCUCUCAGUCACUGCGUCCCCUACUUUCACCAAAACCCCUCCACCUGUCCUGGAGUGUAUUGUUGGAGGUCAUCUGUCUCUUGUCUGUGCUGCCAUUGGCAACCCUCUCCCUACUAUUACCUGGAUGAAGGAUGGAAAUGUGAUUCAAAUGGGGAAUGAUCAGGAGGAAGUUUUAUCUCUGACAGCAGUGAGUUUCCAGUCAGCAGGACAGUAUACCUGUCAUGCUUACAAUUCUGAGGGAAAUGCCACUCUCGAGACGAAAGUAAAGAUAAAAGGUCCCCCUGUUAUCAUUGUGCCUCCCAAAAGCACCUCUGUCAAUAUAUCCCAAAAUGCACUUCUUGACUGCCAUGCUGUAGCUGACCCCACAAACAUGACUUACAUGUGGCUUAAAGGAGGAGAAAACGUCUUCCACCUAGAGUCGCUAAAGUCGCGCGUGAAGAUCAUGGUUGAUGGAACUCUCCUCAUCUCAAAUCUCAUCCCAGAGGAUUCUGGAAACUACACCUGCGUACCAUCUAAUGGCCUGCUGAUACCCCCUACUGCUUCUGCAAACCUCACAGUUAUGCAUCCAGCCAAGGCUCUUCCAAUGCCUGUGGAAACCUAUCUUGCCUCAGGCAUUCAUGGCAUGCUUAACUGCUCCUCACUAGCUCAUCCUCCUUUGCUCCGUGUGGAUUGGACUAAGGAUGGGAAGCCACUUGAUCUGACCUUGUACCCAGGGUGGACCUUGACACCAGAAGGCAAUUUGAUGAUGGCUACAAUCAAUGAUGAUGUGCAGGGAGUGUUCUCCUGCACUCCAUUCAACAGCUACGGCAGUAUGGGACAAUCUGGACAAACCAAAGUCAUUUUGCAGGACCCACCAUCAUUCAGUAUUACUCCAGAGAAGCAGUACAGACAGAAGGUUGGUAGAACCUUGCUGAUCCAAUGUCAAGGCAAUGAUGACUCUACUGUUAAAGUAAACUGGACCAAGGUUGACCUGGCGCGUCGCAUACCUUAUUCCAUCAUGCCCAAUGGCUCGCUGUUGCUGCGGCCCCUCACUAAAGACCACCACGGAACGUGGGAGUGCACAGUUUUUAACCGUGUUGCCCAUGUAAAAGCCUUCACUCAAAUCUUUGUCUUGGGAACCAGCCCCCACGUAGCUACAUCCCUGUCUGUCUUUCCAGGGAUGAAGCAGGCCAAUAUAUCAUGGGAGGCUGGCUUUGAUGGAGGUUCAGCACAGACAUUUUCCGUUUGGGUAAAGAAGAUUUCAAGACGUGAUAAUGAGGGGAAGCAGGAAUGGUUUUCUGUGCCUGUACCCGCUAUCUCCGGCACCACCUUGUUGGUGACAGGCCUGUCUCCAGCUACUAAGUAUCAAUUCAGCCUCCUGUCUCACAACAAAAUUGGUUCUGGACCUUUUAGUGAAAUUAUCACAGCGUGGACCUUAGGUCCUACACCAAGCAGCAACCAGCUAAAGCCCCCGUCCUCGCUAUCAGCAAUUUUGGGCUCGGCUGGUGUUGUUCUGCACUGGUCUCUUGCACAAACCCAGCCCCAAUCCGUCACAGGGUUUGUUCUUCAGUCCCGUGUCAAAGAAGGGGAUUGGAUCAAUUUGGAUGAUGAUAUUAGCGCCAACAUUAGCAAGAUCGUCGUUCCAGGCCUGCACAAGGACUGUGUAUACGAGCUGAGGCUGCUCGCUCGACGUGGUGAGCUGCUGAGCGAGCCCAGCCCAUCAGUCAACGUCUCCACCAUGGGAAUGCAGAUUUACCCUUCUUCAUCCAGACUUCUAGAGGUUCCAGAAUCAUUACUGCCCAGCAUUCUUGGUGGAGUUGGCUUUAUGUGUUUGACCUUGGUCUUGUUGUUGGGAUCUGCGUGCCUUAUUAGUCACAAGAGGAACCUACGCAGCCAAAAGAAACAGAAUGGGCCAGGCUGCCAAGAUACAGAGAAAGAGGUCCCAAAGCCCAUUAAGCAGAACGUGGGUAUUGAGAUGAGUGUGGAUGAUCCAGUAUUCGAAGUCAGUGUGACCCACCCUACAAAAAGACCAAUGCUGCACCACAGAAUCGAGUCUCAUGUACGAGAAGGAUGCCCUCACAAAGGACGAUAUAAAGAAAUGAGGAGAAGUACAAGCUUUCACUACCAAGAAAAUUCCUCAAGACCAGAGCUUCGUAGAGUUUUGAGCCAUGGUUCAAAACUGUCGGACUCCAAGCAACAAAAGCAGGAUCAAAACAUAAGUAGACAAAAAGACACCAUCUUUCUAACCCCCGAUGCCUGGAUAGACUCCUUAAGCCAAGAAAAACACUCUGAUUCCUCCACCUUUCAUCCAGAGUCUUUGUUAACCGACAACCAUAGCUCUGCCAUCAGGAAUUUGUCCAAAUAUUCUGAAAAUGUUUGUUCUGAUAGCCAAAUUACCUACGAUAUACCACCUGCUAGACACCUUACCAGAAGCAAUCCAUUAAGACCUGUCAAAUACAGAACAGAUGCUUCUGUCUUUCCCUAUGCUACCAAAUGGCCAGGUGACUACCAGGGCACCAUAAGAAAUGAAAUAGGCAGCUUGGGGACUACUUCAGAAUCUUCCAGAGACUUAGAUCCUCACGACGGUAAUCAACACAAUAACCAAGAUCCACAGGAGGCAGAAGUCUAUGAGGGAGUGCCAGACAGUGGAAGCAGCUACAGUAGUUUUGCAAGCAGUGGCCGAGGGAGCAUGGAGUCUGCAAAUAGACGCUUGUCUUUGUGUCAUUUGUCCGCGAACAUCACCAGCGCACCUGAAACUGAACAGGAGGAUGGCCAGGCUAGCGCAGUUGAGAUGUACCAUCACCAGAUUGAAAACAUUCAGAGAAAACCGUCUGUGGAUGAGAACUAUGAGUGGGAUGAAGCUGAUAUCACAUCACAACCAGGAGACGAUCAUGGCUGGUGUGGCAGACCCAGAAGUGCACCUGCAGCUCAUCAGCAAUCCCCACUGCUUUUAAGGAGCGGCCUGGGCAGCAAGCAGGUGCCAGAUGAUUCUGCCUGUUACAAGCGGACAUCCACCCAGCAAAGCCCUUGA